GUAUGGAGGCCGGGAACUAUAUGCUGAUAAACGGAGGACGUAUCACUGAUACGCGAUAGUUUGCCGACAUAGGAUCAAUUUCAUGAUGCGCUCCAUGUCAUGAUGCGCCUGUCUGGACGGCUGAAAACGUUAUACUAAUAACCGAUGUCUGAAUCGUGGAUGGCCGCUCGGCAGAUAUUGAUCAGAUGAUUGACGCAAUGAUCAAGACCCCAGGUAGCCGACUAUCGCAAUAUCGCAACAUCGUAAUAUUCGAAAAGCGCAACAUUCGAGAUAGGAUCAGCGGCCGGGUCGCCGGCGCGAGCAGGCUCGUCGCAAGUCCGGACUCCCAGGCGACAUUCCAGGGCAGCGGUUCGUACGUCGUGUUCGACUGGGGAAGGAGCUUGGGGGGAUCCUGUCGCUGACGAUCAACAACGCGACGGCCCGGUCGCAGUUCUCACUGUCGUUCACCGAGUCCGCGGAGUUCAUCAGCCCGCUCAAGUUGGACGACUCGUGCCAGCCCGCACGGCUGCAGAACUGGGACAGAAUCCAGACGUUCCACGUGCCGCGAGCCACGGGGCUGCUGACGCAGACCGUGGGACAGCAGCGCGGCGGGUUCCGCUUCCUGACGAUUGUGAGUGCGAGCGCGGACCCGCUGACGAUCUCGAACAUCUCGCUGGCGAUCACGUUCAUGCCCCACUGGGAUGAUCUCAGGGCGUACCCGGGCUACUUCUUUGCACCUGACCCCGGGUUCCACGACAUCGACUUCCUCACGAAGAUCUGGUACGCCGGCACUAUAGGGUGCAGACCAACACAAUCCCUCCCCACACGGCGCGACAGGAGCCGUGCCCAGCAGGAGGUGGCUGGUCCAACGAUGCCUUGGGAGGAGCUGCCACUGGGCCUAUCCUCGUCGAUGGUGCAAAACGCGACAGGAACAUCUGGCCAGGUAACCCCUCAUGCUCAUGGACGCGAUCUAACCCUCGGACUCAUGCGACGGAUCAGGCGACUGCGGCAUCUCCACACACACGGAGCUCGUCGCGCUGAGCGACAUGGAGCCGACCAAGAACUCGUUGAUGGUGAUGUUCCGCACGCAAAACCUGACGACUGGCGCGCUGCAGUACUCCGGGCCGCCGCUGAACAACCAGGGAAGCGACACGUACAUCUCGUGGUCGCUCAUUGGGACGCACAACUACUUCCUGUACACGGGCGACCUCGAUUUCAUCAAGUCUGUCUGGGCGAACUACACCAAGGCGGUUGGCUUCCUUGAGGGCCAGGUGGACUUGACCGGCCUGAUGAACGUCUCGUCUGCGCUCUCGAACGACUGGGGCAGGGCCAGCGGCGCCGGACACAACUCUGCGGCAAACGCGUUGCUUUAUCGCACGCUCGUCACCACGGCGGACCUGGCGACGCAUCUCGGCAAUGUCUCCCUCCCCGCCACAUACCUCGCCAACGCGACCAAGAUCAAAACUGCGUUCAACAGCCUGCUGUGGGACGCCGCGGCGGGCCGGUUCCGCAGCAACGACCUGCCGAGGAGCAUCCACCCGCAGGACGGCAACGCGCUCGCGGUCCUGUACAACCUCACGACAU